AUUCAAGAGCUUCCACUUCAUUUGGCCAGCUGCAUUUUUGGCCUUGCUUCAUCCUUUGAAACAAUGGCUGCUCCACCAGAGACACUCACUGUAUACAAAGCUGAUUCAGAAUUUGUAUUCGAUAAUGUGAUCAUGUGCUCCCUCUGUGUUUUCAAAUAUAGAGGCAGCUCUGAAUGGCUGGUUCAUAUGGUGUUAUUUCACAUUUAAAAAUUAGUGAAGAGAACCAGUUUUAUAUUUCCAUAGCAUGCAUACAUCCUUCAAGACUGGAUAAAUCUUGGUGUAUCUUCUUUUUUUUAACCUCUUGCCUUUGUCUUACAAUAAAAAUGUUGAUCGUCUCUUGUAAGAAGACUUUUAAGUAGAAUUCAAGAUGAAUCAAAUCAGCUUAAUCUAAAAGAUAGAUAGUUCAUGUGAUAACUGUAUUUUAGCUGUAGGGAAUAUUGUUAAUGUAAGGACUUUGGAUGUGUCACCAACAGUAGCUUAGGUUCUACUCGUUGUUCUUCAUGGUUCCCGCAUACAGCUUAGUUUGCACAAAAGACUAGAACCUGCAUUUCAAAAAAUAAAUGAUUUUUGAAUUUUAAAUGAUGUUGCUUUCCAGGAAAAAUGGUAUCUAAUAUUUCACUUUGUGACCUUUACAUGUGGAUAUAAACAUUUUUCCCCCCUCAUGAAACUUUUGAAUGUCUUUAAAAAAGGCGACUCAAACAACAUAGUGUGCUUUCUCAAGUUCUCAUGACCUCAUGUUCAAAACCAUACUAUAGAUUUACGUUAUGUUUUUACUACCCAUUACCAGCUGCUAUGCUACCUGUAAACAGAAACCACGUGACAAGCAGUGCUGCCUGUCAGGGGCUUUGCAGCAGUGGGGCGAAUGACGGCUGAGUUAGAGGAAGUUAGUGAGAGCAGCUGUGCUAGUAUGUAACCUCACGCGAGUUGGGUACAGCGUUGCACUAAGAGAGAGAAAGGCAGCGGCAUUCAUGGAUAUUGUGGACACCUUUAACCAUCUAAUACCCAGUGACCAGUUGGAUGAGUCCCUGAUAAUCGGCCAGAAUUUGGAAUGUGAAGCCAGUAAUGAGUUUGGAACAGGAAUCCGACUUGAAGAUUCACUGAAGAACAUGCUCAGUGACAAAGAUCCUAUGUUUGGGUGUGCAAGCUCUCAGUUCAAUUUACUGGACAAUGAGGAUUCAGCUUUUCAGGUUACUGGCUCGAAAGGUCUCGAUGGUGGUUCAACAUCCACAGGCCUCAGCAGAGAACUGAGAGUAGCAGAGACCUCACAAGUGAAGCGACCUGUUGGCAGACCAAGGAAACGUCCCCGUAAUAUAGAUUCAGAACAUAGCCGUGGUCCACAACCUUCUAACACAUCCACCAGCACUAUGGCUCGAGGACGACCAGGAAGGAAACCAGCGAACAGGGUGCAGAAGUCAUUUCUUAUUGAGAAAGGAGUUAAAGGUGCUCAGCUGAAGAAAGAAUUAACUUUGGGAGGACGUGUUAAUGUUAAAGAUCUUGAUGGUGGAUUAUGGCUGAAUCCUACAGUUGUGUUGAGACGACUGACAGUCACAAUUGGAGGAUUUAAGAUUGAGCUGCUUCCUGGACCCUCUUAUGCACAGAAUGUUGAAGCUACCCAGGCUGCAUACCUUGAAGAUGGCUUAUCUCACGGUGGAGGUGUUGGAUUUACUGUAUUGCCAGAUAAUGCUGCUGUCAAUGUGGAGAAUCCUGUACCUGAUAACAUGGCAGAGAUGGAUGUGACUGAGAAUAGCUCUGCUGAUGAUGCAGCUGUUGGCUUGGGUCCUUAUGUGAAUCCUAACGAUGUGCAGUCCUCCAAAGAUACAUUAGGGAGUGUUUGUGCGCAAGAGACAAAGCUUGACAAUCACAGUGUUUCUGGAAAGCAGAAGCCAGUCAGUAAAGGAAAAGAUGACAUCAAACCACCACAAAGCACUGAAAAUAAUGGAACAUCUGAUAGUAAUAAGACUGAUGUUAAAGAAAAAGAACAGACUGUGGCCAAAACACUGCUUAAGUCUAAACAAGGACUGACUUCUAACAAGAAUAAAGACUUGGUUUCUGGUAAACCAAACAACACGAUUAAGGGACAAAAAGUAUCCCAAAACAUGCCAUCGACAGUCAUCCAAAGAGAAGACCUGCACAAAAUGAAAUCUCUAAAGGAAAAGAAAGAUAUUGCACCUUUGAAAAGGCCUGCAGAAAAUACCCAAAGUGAGAAUACUCCUAAAGUGCAAAAGAUACAGGCUUCAGGAGAUAGUAAAGUAAAGCCAAAAUUAGCAAGUACAACUAGCUCAACAGUGAAGAAGAUCCCAUCAUCUGGUAACCGUGUCGAUCAGCAGACUCCAAUUAAACAAACUCAUCUUCACAACAGCUCCAAAACUGAGACUACUCACCCGGCACACAGUCGUCCAGGCCAUUCUUUAAAAACACCUGACGAAGGAGGGCUGGAAAAGCCCAAACUGAAAAAGCCAGAAAAAAUCCUUCAAAGACAGAAAAGUAAAAAUGUGAGGAGCAUCUCUGUGGAUGAGCCGCAGCUGUUUAUUCCAGAUAACGCUCCUGUUGUGAAGAAAGAAACUUCUGAAGAGCAGCCUGCUAACAGUGAGACCGUAUGGGACGGAAACAACUGCUGUGGACUGUGCAAAAAACACCACAAUAACAUGUUCAUGGUAGGCUGCGGCCGCUGUGACGACUGGUUCCAUGGCGACUGCGUUGGUCUUGAUCUGACGAAAGUUCGCGAAAUGGAGGAGGAGGACCAGAUGUAUGUGUGCUUGAAGUGCUGUGAGGAGGAAAGCAAAAAAGUGGCGCCCGAGCCCAUAAGUGUAACCAAACCAGAAGUUCAAGCCAAGACUGAGGUACAGGAUAAUAAGCUGCCGCCCAAGCCCCGACCAGGACCUUCCCAGACAAUCACACAUGCAGGGGUCAGACCAGUAAGAAAGGAUCCUGAUAGAAAGCAGUCGACUGAUGUGAGAGAAGCAGCUCAUAAAACAGGCGUUCAUCUGAAACAAGAGACGAAAAGUAAGAUUCCAUCUUCAGCUUCAAAGAAACCCGUGUCUGUGGAGUCAAUCAGGCGAAGUGUGCGUGAUUCUCUGAAAGAAAUCCUCAUACAGAGGUUGAAGGAAUCUGAUUUGAACAUCUCAGUGGACAGGGCCUCUGAAGUUGCCAAGAAGACGGAGCGAGAGCUUUUUCACUUGUAUAAAGACACUGACAACAAGUACAAGAACAAGUACAGGAGCUUAAUGUUCAACCUCAAAGAUACUAAAAACAAUGUCCUCUUUAAGAGGGUUCUCAAAGGGGAAAUAUCUCCUGAAAACCUAAUUCGAAUGAGCCCCGAGGAACUGGCUUCGAAAGAAUUGGCUGCUUGGCGAAAAAGAGAGAACCGACAUACUAUUGAGAUGAUUGAAAAAGAGCAAAGAGAGGCAGAGAGACGACCGAUCACUAAGAUCACACACAAAGGUGAAAUUGAAAUUGAGAGCCAAGAGCCAGUGAAAGCACCUGAGCCUGCAGAGCUUGAGCCUCCUCCCAAAGUGACAGAAGUCUCACCAGAACCUCCAGAAUCCCCUGAGAAGAAAGCAGAGGGAAUCAAGACAGAGAAAGACACUACUAAUCAGCACAAGUCACACUUAUUUGAUCUACACUGCAAAAUCUGCACAGGACGUAUGGCGCCCCCUGUGGAGGAGGCACCAACCAAAGUGGUCAAAGUUGCUACCACAGUGGUUAGGAGACAGUCCACCAAAACUGAAGAGACGAAGGGCACAACACCACCAGCAAUGGACGAUGACCUACAUCUCACUGUUUUAGAGGAGAGCUUCCGAAAUGCUCAGUCAGGCUAUGAAGGAAGGUCUGAUCAUACAGCCGGAAGAGAUGAAGAGGCUGCUUUCCUCUCUAACCUGAAGCCCCUUUGGCGUGGAUUCAUUCAUAUGCACGCUGUCGCAAAGUUGGUGACAAAAGCUUUCCCCGUCUCAGGCACUGUGGACAACUUGACUGAGGACCUCCCAGAUAGCAUUGUAGUUGGUGGAAGGAUAAGUCCACAGAUAGUGUGGGACUACUUGGAAAAGAUUCGGGCAACUGGAACAAAAGAGGUGUGCCUGAUUCGCUUCUCCCCUGAGACGGAGGAAGAUGAGAUCUCCUAUACUCUUCUCUAUGCCUACUUCAGCAGUCGUAGGCGAUUUGGGGUGGUGUCCAAUAAUCUGAAACAAGUGAAGGACAUGUAUCUCAUUCCUUUGGGUGCCACCGAAAAAGUCCCACAUCAGCUUGUUCCCUUUGAUGGGCCAGGUUUAGAAAACAACCGUGCCAACCUGCUCCUUGGGCUCAUAAUUCGCCAGAGACCAAAAAGGGAUUUUCUCCCUGUGGACAUGAACGAAACUGCGAGGAUUAUUCCUGAAGCUAGGCCCAUCGCUAUUUCUACAAAAGAACCCAGAGCAGUAGAAGGGGAUGAGAAAUUGUUUCUCUCUUCCUUGUCUGCGGCACAUAAUAAAGAGAAGGACAAACCACUUAACACCACUGAAGAUGUUGAUGAACCAAUUACGGAGUCUUUUGAAGAACCAUCUGUAUCAGAGGAGACCAACAAUCAGGAGCCUCAAAAACCACUGCGCUUUCUUCCAGGUGUGUUGGUAGGCUGGGGUGGGGAAUUACCACCUCUGCCAGAUGUUGGAGGUAAACCUGCAGUAGUAGCAGAUGACAUCCAGAAGACUCAACCAGUUCCAAAAACAGAGGCAUCAACUGGAAACACAAAAAGUCCAACAGCUGCUGCACCGCGAGAGCGCUUUGUCAUCAAGAAGAAAGAAGCUAAACCUGUUAAAGCUGAACCGGAGCUAUCCAGCCCGACCGAUAACUCUGCUGCUAACAGCUCAUCAGAAAAGGAUGUUACAGUGGUGACCCAUGGUGCAUCGGUCUCUCUGAAAGACAAGCCUCCAGAUGUAUCGACUGAAGCCUUCCUGGAAAGCUUGUCAGCAGCUCCAACCGGGACUGAAACUAGCAGCGCUGCCUCUGCAAACAAAGGCAAUGCUGGCCUUUUGUCUGAAACUGAAAAAGGAACAUCUGAAGGGAAUCCUUUGUCGCAGUCUAAGUCCCAGGCUGCUCCAGCUCACGCAAGUAGCUCAAAACCUCCUUUAAGUGGAAUAUUGAAAAAAUCUUCAGCUUACUCCAGUGUGAAUGAAGAAAAAACAAUGGUGCUACAAAAGGAUAAACCCAGCCACCCAUCUCCUUCAAACCCUAAACCUGUUCCCGUGUUGGGCAGCACUAGAAAUGAUACAGUUACAGUAUUUCACCAGGGGUAUUUACAGAUAUCUCAAACCAAGAACAAACCUGAGGAAGAAAACAAAACAAUGGUUCGAUCAUUUCCUCAUGAGAAUGAAGAUGCUGGCAUGUCCCAGGCUUGUACUACAAUAACUCAGACAGUAUGUCCUCCGACAGUCCAAGGACCCCAAGAAUUGUGUCACACAGAAGCCUCUGAGCUCCAACACAAUCCUCUAACUGCACAAGCUCUCCCACCAUACAGCAAUGCUGCAUCUAUUCUGUCACAGCAGCAACAGCCUCAGGUACCUGGCAGCUAUGACUCCCCAACUGACCCACACACACAGGAUCAGAACCACAGCACACCGUGGGCUCAGGAAGACACUUCGCUCACUGCUCCGGGACUUCAGUCACAUCUUGGCGAAAGCUACUCUGAUCAACCUGGCCGACCGUCGUCCCUGGCCAAAGACUACAAGCAUGUAGAGGAGCGGCACAGCGACCCGUGGGAGAGGCCACGAAACACAGAGGAGAAAGACCACCACGGGAGGCACAGCCACCACAGGGACUCCCAUCACGGGAAAAAGAGCAGACACCACGACCGGGAGCGGGAGAGAAAGUACGAUCGCAGCCACGACGAUAAGUACAGAGACAGGAGUAAGUACUACGGACACUCGGACGACCGCUAUGGUGAGAAGAGGAAAGAGAGGCAGUACAGCGACGACUACGGCAGCCGUCAUAAGGACAGACACAGACAUAGACGAGACUCUGAUUAUGAAAAUGGACGUAGAAGUUCAAAAGACAGUUACUCAUAAUUAUGUUUUGUUCUUUAAAGUCCUGCUAGCGACUGUUCAGGGCUCUAAGAAAGACUGUCAGCUUUGGGUCAUUUGGAUGGUUUGAAUAUGGCUGAAAGUGGAGUUGUUUGUUUAUUGUUAUAUACAACGGUCUGCAGCUCAUUUGCUGUUUUCAAGUUACAUUUUAUGUUAUUUACAGUACAGCCAAAAUGAAAUAUCAUUUCAGUGGAAUUGUGAAGAUCUUUAUAGAUACGUUCUUUUCACCAAGAACUGAAUAUCGUAAUAUUUUCAACUUUUUAACCUUUUAUUGUGUAUAUUCAGACUGAACUGCUGUACUGACUACAGAUGACCAGUAAAUGUCUUCAGUCUCGUAACAUACAAAACAAGUGUGGACCAUUUUGGGGAAAAAAUUUGACUUGGCAUGAACGUAACACAGAAAACAUUUAACUGGGGUGACGAUCCAAACAGCAGUUUUGCUUUUUUCCAGUUUAAUUUCUUUUAAAUUGCUUACAUAUUUUAUAAACUUACUUUCUAUUGAAAAAGUAUGUACAUUUUGGCUUGUAAUAUAUAUUAGAGAUUACGUGUGCCUUUGCACUGUGUGUUUAUGUACAGUUCGUAAUAAAGCUAAUCCUUUUCUAUUAUUGAUUAUAAA